AUGCCUACAAACGGAAUUAACAAGGCCCUGAAGCUGCAGUUUGGUCUCAUCAACUAUGGGAACCGAUACUUAACAGCUGAGGCUUUUGGCUUCAAAGUUAACGCCUCAGGCAUCAGCAUGAAGAAGAAACAGAUCUGGACCUUAGAGCAGGACGAGCAGGAUGGCCAGGUCGUGUUCCUCAGAAGCCACCUUGGACGGUAUCUGGCCUCCGACAAAGAUGGAAAGAUGACAUGUGGAGCGGAGAAGCCUGACCCUGACUGCCGUUUCCUUAUUGUACCCCAGUCUGAUGGUCGCUGGGCAUUGCAAUCAGAGCCUUAUCAGCGUUACUUUGGAGGCUCAGCUGACUACCUGUCUUGCUUUGCUCAGGUAAUUGGGGAGCAGGAGUUAUGGGCUGUCCAUUUGGCCUUGCACCCACAGGCCAGCCUGCUCAGUGUGGCACGUAAGCGCUAUGCCCAUCUGUCUUCUUCAGAUGGAGAGAUCUCAGUGGAUAGCAACAUUCCCUGGGGAGUCGACUCCCUGGUUACCUUGGUAUACCUUGAUGGCAAGUACAGCCUGAAGACCUGUGAUAGUCGUUUCCUCAGAAAUGAUGGAAAACUGGUGAAGGAGAACACCAAUACAACCAGCUUCACACUUGAGCUGAAGUCCGGUAAGCUGGCCUUUAAGGACUGUGAUGGGAAAUAUCUGAGCCCCCUGGGUCCCACUGGAACACUGCGAUCCGGCCGAUGCUCCAAGCCUGGAAAAGACGAGCUGUUUGAUCUGGAGGAGAGUCAUCCUCAAGUGGUUUUUCAAGCUGCCAACAAAAGAUUUGUCUCUGUGAAGCAAGGAGUGAGUAUUUCAGCCAAUCAGGAUGUGGAGACAGAUAUGGAGACCUUCCAGAUGGAGAUUGAUAAGGACAGCAAAAAGCCUAUGUUCAGGACAAAUGGCGGAUCCUACUGGACUCUGGUGUCUCACGGAGAGAUCCAGUCCACUGCCACAGAAGUAGAGGUAAACACAAUGUUUGACAUUGAGUGGCGAGGAAAAAGGGUGGCCCUCAAAGCAAGUAAUGGAAAGUAUGUUUGCACAAAGAAGAAUGGGCAGCUCUCAGCGGUCAGCGAUACAGUUGGUGAGGGAGAGUUAUUCCUGAUGAAGCUCAUCAAUCGUCCCAUACUGAUACUUCGUGGGGAGAAUGGCUUUGUGUGUCACCACAAGAGCUCCAAUGCUCUGGACGCAAAUCGUUCAGUCUAUGACAUUUUCUCAUUGAUCUUCAAUGACGGCGCCUAUCACGUAAAAAGUGUAAAUGGAUUGUUCUGGUACGUCUCUAGCAGUGGCCUAGUGUGCUCAGAUGGAGAAAAAACUGAGGACUUUUUCCUUGAGUUCCUGGAACAUGGAUGCGUCGCCAUCAAGGGCUCGAAUGGCAAGUACCUUCGUGGAGAUAAGGGAGGUACGCUUAUGGGGGAUGCAACAACUGUUGAUGCAUCUUCUCUUUGGGAGUACUGAUCCCUUUCAAUCAGGGUCCUCAAAGAGAAAGCCACAAGACGGAGUGCAGGACCUGCUUCUAUUUACUCAAAUGAAGCGGACUGACCCAGUUACAUUUUCCUGCCUGUUUUUAUACUAGCUAACCGGUGCCCAAAAACAAGGUUUGUUUUAUUUUCAAUUGGGAAGAGCUGAACACUUUGGGAGGAUGUGGCAGGAUUGUAAGUGUUGAAUGUUUUGUCUUCCCAAUGACAAUGCCAACAGCAAACAACAUAUAUUGUGUGAAUUUGUCAUACUUCACAUGAUAAGGAAUAUAACAGUGGAUCUAUAUGUUGUGCAAAACAAAUACAGUUAGGUUGAAAUAGCUUUGAGGGCGGCCAUAUUGAUCAGUCCCUGAAAAGAGAGAAAUUUAAGUGUUGCUGCCUUGGACACAUUUUCUGUGUAGCCUAUUCAAAAAGCUUGGCAAUGGACGCUAACAAGAGGAAUUUUAAGUCGUUCUGUUACUACAAAAUCCAACUGAGCAAAAAGACAAAGUAUCCCCAAAGCUGAAGUAGCCUUUGCAAAUUUUCUUUCAAAACAGCAUUCACAUACUUUUACAAAACCCUUCAUACCAAACAUCAGAAUUAAAAGGUCAGGGGAUCUGCAUCCUUUCUCUUAAGAAAAAAAAUCAACUUACUUUUAGUUCAGCUGACUUCAUCUUGAUCUUCCUUCUGCAACCUUAGACAGUAAAGAAAUGUUUGUUUACAGUUUUGGAUGGUUUUAAUAUUAAGACGUGUUCUAUGAGAACUGUCAUAAAUGUGACACCAAUUAAAAAGGUAAUGCACCGAUGUCUUCAAAGACAGCUAAUGGCUAGUGCCAAUGGUGUUUCAUUUAUCUUGAUGAACCAUUUACAGCUUCCAUGAAAGCACAUUAAGAAGCAAAUGAAGCAGACCUGAACAGAUCUGCAACGCUGAGCAAUUUAUAUCCAAAGAGGGCUUCAUCCAACAUCACUGCACAUAUAGAAAUGUUUAAUGUGUACACAUUUAGAAUCACAGAUCAGACAUGUAAAGGAACAAAGAAUAUCAGUAGAAAUGUAAUAAACCCAUUACAGGGACGAGCAAUGAAACCAGAGGGGAAGGACAUUAAAGAAUGUGACACACUAUUCAUCAUUCUCUAAUGUACCAGGUAUAAACAUGUUAAGAAAGUGCUUAUCUGGUCUUCUGCCUAGGGGCCUUAAACCAUACUGCGCUCUGCAUCCCUUAAUGCCCUGUUCUCAUGUUCAGAGUUGGGUGGUAAGAUUAGAAAAUAUGACUGAUUAAGAAAACAGAUUUCUUUUUUUAAAUUGCAAAGAUCACUUAAAAGUGAAGUAAGAAAACGUGUUAGGUGAUAACAACAGUCAUAUCGUAUAAGGAUCCAUGCAGAAUUAGAGUUACUCUGGUAACCUAACAUCACUGCUUUUGUCAAAUGUGCUCAGUAGCCUCUGGUAUACCUCUAGUAAGUGCAGCCCUUUGAAGGGGGGACAUUUUUUUGUAUUAUGAUUCAAUGUUUUAUAAAUCAAUAAGGGCACAAGCUGAACCCAUAUACAAUUUAUCCUGUAGGCUUUUGUCAUUUAUUUCUUGUGAAGAAUUCCAAUAGCUCAAGUGUAAUGUGAAACCCAAUGAUUUUGUGACAUAUGCAAUAGUGGAGAAACACUUUAGAAAGGCAUGAACAGCUCGGUCACGUAUGCAUCCUGUACCAGCUCUGUAGACCGCCUCCAGUCAUAUCAUAGAAUGUAUUUUAUAAAUAGAUUUAAAUUGUUAUACUAUCUAUGUUUUCUGG